GCGUCGGGCUCGGGCGGCGGCGUUGGGAGCGCAGGCGGCGGCGCUGCUGCUCGCGGGGUGCUGGGCCGUGGCGGCGGGUGAGGCGGGCGCCACCGGCCGGCCGGAGAGGCGCCUCAGCUCCACCGGGGCCCGCGGUGCGGGACCCAGGACAGAGGAGGAGGCGGCGCCCCCGCUGCCCGGGGCCGGGCCCGGUGCCCGCCCAGAGGGGCCGCGGCCGGACGUCCCCGGCCCGGAGCGUCCCGGACGCGCCUCCUGGAGAGGCCCCCCAGAGCUCCCGGCCGCCCCCUGGGGGGCCUCAGCCUCCCCUGACUCACCUGCUCCGGCCGCCCGGCACCCAGGUGCGGGGGCGUGUGCGCCGCGAGGGCACCUCCCCCGGUCGCCGGCGGGGCGGGGGCGGAGGCGGGGCCGCCCCCGGCCUCACCGGUCCGCUCGGCGCCCUCAGUCUCACCGGUCCGCCUGCCGCGCCCGGCCGCGCGGCGUGAGCUCCCCGGGUACCGCGGCUCGGGAUGCUGCCCGCCAGCGCGGCUGCUCGCGCGGCGCCCGCCGCCCCUGCCCUUGUCUCCUGGGCCAUGCUCCGCUGUUUACAUGCCGGUGAAGCCCCCGGCCACUCCGAGCCCUUCCGAGCCCCGGCUCCCCGAGGGUGAAACCAGCCGGCCCGCGAACUGGACUGGUCGCUCCGACCUGUGCUCUCCGGACCUACAUCCCCGUCCUCUCUGCCGCCUCCGCCACCAUCUGGGCGGGAUCCAGCUCUGGUGUUUUGAGGAGGGGGUGUGGUGUAGGGAAAGGAAUCCUGGGGAUUUCUGGCUCCCCCCUUUUUUUUUGGCCUUCGGGGCUUCAGACUCAGGGAACUCGCUCAUGGCUUUCUUGAUGAAGAAGAAGAAAUUCAAAUUUCAAACCACUUUCACCCUGGAGGAGCUGACUGCGGUCCCCUUUGUGAACGGGGUCCUCUUCUGCAAGGUCCGGCUGCUGGAUGGCGGGGAUUUUGUCAGCUUGUCGUCGAGGGAGGAGGUACAGGAGAACUGCGUGCGGUGGCGGAAGAGGUUCACCUUCGUGUGUAAGAUGAGCGCCAACCCAGCCACCGGCCUGCUGGACCCGUGCAUCUUCCGUGUGUCGGUGCGCAAGGAGCUGAAAGGCGGGAAGGCUUAUUCCAAGGUGAGUGGGGCUGUGUGAUGGGCCUGUGUGAUGAGGCAGUGGGACAGGCAUGAGAGAAGCUUCCAGAAGAACAUCCAGGCCCCUCUCUGCCCCAAGCAGGAGAUACUCAGCCCUACGUGAGAUGUAUAAUUUUUUGGAAAUAUCUUUACUGACAGUCUUUGCAUUUUGCACUUAACAUAAAGGCAGCAUAUGCUUGUUGCAGCACAAGUGGUACACAGGUUCAUGGAGUGGCAAGGACAGUUUCCAUCCCUCACCCUCCCCAGGCCUCCUCCCCAGAUCCCACUGUUGGGAUUCGUUAGGGUCUUUCCAUACCUUUUAAGAAAAAAAUACAUAUUAUUAAAUCUGUGCUACACAUGGAGCAAUGAAUAAAACGUAUGCCUGUGGUUUAGAGAGAUGUCAAAUGAGCCCCCAUCUCUGAACUUGUGUGCCUGUAGACAACAGGAUUUUUAAAUACACAAAAGGGAUUUGUUCUAAACAGAUUCUGCAGCUUGGUGUUUUACUUGCCAAUACGUCAUGGGCAUGUUUUCAUGUCAUCACAAAUUUUCUUUUGCUUUCUAACAGUGGCAGUGUCCCAUUGUAUGGCUGGGUGACCAGUGACUCAGCCAGUCCCCGCUGUUGUACAUCUCUCUUGUUGCCAGGUUUUCCCUGCACCCACAGACAGUUCAGCCCUAUGCAUUGAAACCUUUUCCACUGGGAAAAGUGGCAGAAGACGGCUCUGGAACGGUUACCUUUGGCUUUGAAUAAACCUGCUCUGCCCUAAACCCCCUUCUCUGUGGGGACUCGUGGCCCACCCUCUGUGACCCCCGGGAGGUGGCCCAGUGGCAGGGGAUGUGCUCCGUCAGUCCAGAGGGGAAAUGCCUUUGCCUCACCUCACCCUUCGUGGAAGGCCCGAGGGAGGUGCUGCACGGGGCGUGUUCCUUCCCACUGAUCAGAGCUCAGGAAGCUCAGCAUUCUGGGCUGUGCGCUCUGCCCUGGCCAGGGGCCGUGAUGUCCCUCUCCAGAAGCAGAGGGCGGGGGGCUAGAACUGGGCUGUGGAAGGUGCCGUCAGAGUGGAAAUUUCUCUUCCCAUUGAUUCACGUGGGUGAGGACAACUGCCCAGUCAGGAAAGAAAGUGCCAGCAAACAGCCAGAGCAUCCCGCCUCCACCCGGCAGACAUUUCUAGGACACCUAGCACACGUCAGACCUGCCAGGCCCUUCUGGUCUCUCAUGAGCCAUCCGCACGGGCUCAGCUCCCGUUGUACAGAAGAGGAAACUGAGGCCCAGAGAGGUGCUGGGCUUUGCCGACUUGAACCUGGCCGAGUUUGCGGGCUCAGGCUCUACAGUGCGCUGCUGCCUGCUGGAAGGAUAUGACACGAAGAACACUCGCCAGGACAACUCCAUCCUCAAGGUCACUAUCGGAAUGUUCCUGCUCUCUGGAGACCCCUGCUUCAAGACGCCUCCGUCCACUGCUAAGUCCAUCUCCAUCCCGGGCCAGGAUUCCUCCCUGCAGCUGACGUGUAAGGGUGGUGGGACCAGCAGCAGUGGCAGCAGCAGCACCAACUCCCUGACGGGAUCCCGGCCCCCCAAGGCCCGGCCCACCAUCCUCAGCUCAGGGGUGCCGGAGGAGCCGGACCAGAACCUGUCCAGCCCCGAGGAGGUGUUCCACUCCGGGCACUCCCGCAACUCCAGCUACGCCAGCCAGCAGUCCAAGAUCUCGGGCUACAGCACGGAGCACUCGCGCUCCUCCAGCCUCUCGGACUUGACACACCGCCGCAACACGUCCACCAGCAGCAGCGCCUCUGGUGGCCUCAGCAUGACUGUGGAGGGCCCCGAGGGCAGCGAGCGUGAGCACCGACCCCCCGAGAAGCCGCCGAGGCCGCCCCGGCCCCCGCAUCUGUCCGACCGCUCGUUUCGGCGGAAGAAGGACUCGAUGGAGAGCCACCCGACCUGGGUGGAUGACACGCGGAUCGACGCGGAUGACAUCGUGGAGAAGAUCAUGCAGAGCCAGGACUUCACGGAUGGCAGCAACAGUGAGGACAGCAACCUCCGGCUGUUCGUGAGCCGUGAUGGCUCCACCACGCUGAGUGGGAUCCAGUUGGCCAACAGGGUCUCCUCUGGGGUGUACGAGCCGGUCGUGAUUGAAAGCCAUUGAGGAGCAGGUGUUCAGGCUGGAGAAGGGCCCUGCCUUGUGGGCGGCCAGACCCGUGUCAUUCCACGAGGGACCUUCCCCGUCGGAUCGCCAUCCGCACUGCAUCUCAUCUGUGCCUCCUCCAUGCACUCCAGCCCCAUUCCUGCCCCACAGCAUCAUUCCACUGUCCUCUCAUCCAUGCCGGGAGCCUCCUGGCCUGCCAGGGCCCGGGCACCACUGUGAAUAUUCUCCUCUGAACCACUAGAGGGCAGGACACAUGGGCCCAUGAGGCAGGUGGGCAAGAAAGAUGGCCAGGACUGGCCCGAGGGAGACUGCCCUGGCCCCUUGGCAAGGACCUGCAGCAGCUCCUACGCACGCGAACAUGCUUGUGGCCAAGGGGCCUCUUGCCCUGUGUCCCAGCCCACUCCAGGAGCACUGGCUCAACGAUGCCCUGGCAGGGCCUUGCUCCACUGCCCCCUGUCCUUGGGGGGCCAGUCCACCCUCAGAAUCCUGCCACCGUGGCCCUCUGACUGCUUAGUGUUUCAGCCGUCCCUUCCCUGUGUCCUGGGGGACCCGCUGGCGGCCUCUUCCUGGGAGUCAAGACCUCAGACCCCACCUACACUCCAGACUGAGACCCUCUCCCCCAACGAAUGUUCUCCUGCUGCCCUGGCAGCCUGCACUUUGCACAUGCUCGUCUCCAGCACAGCCCCACUGGCCCCGCCUGCCCUUCCUCUGAGCCCUUCCCAAGAAUUCCUGGGCGCUGCCUGCUGUGCAGCCAGCGGCCCAGCUCUAGCCACCCGGCUGGACCCGGGCAUUGCCUCUCCUCCCACCUGUUAGCUCCAGCUCAAGCCUGACCCAUGCUGAGAAAGGGGGUGCUCCUCUGCCCAGGGCUGGGUCCUGAGCAGCUGGUUUCCCAUAGGAAGCCAGGGAAGGUGCCUCCCAAGCCCUUGGAGGUCAGGGGCCUGGUUGGGCUGGGCUUAGCAAGCCAAGCCCCCUUUCUCCCCCUCAGGGUCAUCUGGCCAGGCCAGGGCCGAUGCUGGAGAGGCAGGUGAGCUGUGACUGGACUGGCCUGGAGCUGGCUUCCUGGCCAGAAAAGCCCCAGCCCUUCUCUGAAAGCAUCCCUCUCUCUGGGCAAGGGAGAGGCGGGUCCUUUAGGGGGGUGUUCCCAGCGGGGAGCAGUCUGGCCCUGCCUCCUGUCCUGCCCCUCACCCCUCGCUAAAGCCUCUGCUCUCGGCACUUUCCCCCCUGGUCCUCAUUACUGGCUUGAAGGUGGGUCCUGGCUGCCAGCCAGCCGGUCCCUGGACAGACCUCCCCCCGCUGCUCUUAAGUUUCAUUCAUUUUGUAUAAACCCAGCAGGCUGGUGUUUACUUUGCCCUAUACUUUGCUUUCUUUCCUUUUUUUCUCUUCUCUCUUUUACUCCUUUUUUUUUUUUUUUUUUUUAGCGUUCACAGUUUGAUAUUUUCUCCUUCCCCGGAUGAGGGGAGGUAGUUCUGUUCUCUGCCCUACCUGCUGGCUGGGUCCCAGCAGGGCUGGGGAUCUGGAUGGGGGGCCAGUAUCCUGGUUCUCUCUCUGGUAGGGGUGCAGUGGGGUGGGGCUGUCCUCCCCAGGCUGGGAGCGGUCCUUGCCCUUCUGCGUUAGCUUACAGUUGGAGUCUUGGUCUUGGAACCUCCUGGCAUUGGGACCAGAGCAUUUGUAGGAUUUUUGUUGUCGUCAUCGUUUUUAAUCACCUGACUCUUAGAAAAUGAAUGUUAGAGGUGCCCACUGAGGCAGGUUGGAGCAUUUGCCCUGGCUGGAGAAGCCUCUGGUCAGCUCGUCGGGUCCCUUCCUGCCCCACAGACACCUGGCACUUUGAAAGGGAGCUGGCUGCACUGUAUGCAGAUAAAGUGAUCCCUGGAAGAUGGGAGAGCGCUGCCCUUCCCUUUGUGUCUGCAUGACCUCAGUCCACUGGGGAGGUGCCUUUGGGGUGCGUUCGAAGUUCUGGGGCAUUAGGCAUAAAACAGCUGGCUUUGGUGUUGGGGAGACUCCCCGAAACCAGGAACCCCAGCCCCACCCUAGGCGAGGUCUGAACUUGACAGUCACCCAGAAGGAAACAGAGCCUGCUACAUUCUCCCAUGCCAGGCCCUGGGCCAGGGUAACUGGACUGAGAGUUCGGCCACAACCCAAUUAAUGCUGGCUGGAGCCGGAGUCCCGGAGUCUUGGCCUCAUCCCCACGUGGGAGCCCUUUCUUCGGCUCUCUGGUCCCCUCAAGCUCAGUGAAUUCCCACCAGGCACCCACAGCUCCUGGACUUGAAAUUCUAUAUAUAUAGAGAGAGAGAAUAUAUUAGAGAUAUUUUUGGAAAGGAAUUGGUCUAUGCAAUGCCCGUUUGGAAUCUUCCUGAAAGUUUAACGUUUUUAUUAGAAGAUUUAAAAAAAAAAAAUGUCUACAAUAUUUUUAGGUUUUUUUUUUUCUGGUCACCCCACAAACUGACCACAUGGCAUGAUCUGCCAGGACGGAGAAUGUCCAUGUUUUCCUCUCUUUAGGGAGGUGAGUAGGGAGAUGGGGGGAGGGGAGGUCCUUUGUUUUUCUUUUUAAAAUUCCCCUUCUUUCUAACAGAAUGUUGUCACCACCAACCCUACCCUCGAUUCAGUGGGCUGUGUUUGUGUAUCUGUGUCUGCUUCUGUUGUAGAAAAUAACAUUGUAAGGGGAAAUCAGCCUAGUAUCAGUGUCUUGGUUUGGGGGAAGAAAUUAAAUGUUGCAGUUUUUGUUUGUUAUGGCA